AUGGAAAUAAUUACAUCUAAUUGGAAAUCAUAUAUUUUUUGUCAGUUAAAAGAACAUAAUCAACAAUGGAAUGGUUAUAAUGAUAUUAUUGAACAUUACAAUCGUAUUUUGGAGAAUAAUGGUAUUUUACAAAUUCAAUGUACAAAACUUGUGACAGAUGUUAAUCAUUUACGUUUAGCUAAUGCUGGUCUAGAGAAAGCAUCUGAAGCGAGUCAACAAAUAGUCAAUGUUAAUGAUAAAUUAACAGUAGCUAAUGAAGAAGUUGUUAAAUAUUUAAGAGAUAAUGUUGAACUUUCGAAAGAAGUUCUUCGAUUAAAUCAUUCGGUAAAUGAUUUAAAUGCAAAAUUAAUUACUGAAGAGAAUAAAUCUCGACAAUAUAAAAAUGAAAAUGAUGAAUUAAAUGAAAAAUUAAAAAAAAAUGAUUUGGAAAUUAGUGAUCUUGUACAAAUAAAUCAAAUAGUUCGAGAGGAAUUUCAAGCUAUUCAAACUAGAAUUCAUAUAUUACAAGUAGAUUAUAAUCAAAUAAAACCAAGUUGUCUCGAACUUGAACAACAAUUAGAAACAGCUAAACGAAUACAUAAACAAGUGGAAGACGAAUUGAUAUAUUAUAAAAAUCAACAUGCUGCUAUGCAUGAUUAUGAAACUGAACAAUUUAAUAACAAAAUUCGUAAAAAUACUGAACGACAGAAAUCAUUCGAACCGACUCUAUUUUUUGAAGAUGAUCUUGUUAUUAUUCCACCAAUGAAACAAUCAUCUGAUUUAAAUCAAGAUACUCUAAUUAAUUCAAAUCGAUUGAAUGAUGAUUAUGAAUCAAUGUAUAAUUCUUAUGAUGACUCAUUACGUCGAGAUAAAAAAAAUAGUAUGAUUAAUGGUGGAGGGAAGUUCUUUUCAAGUAUUAUCGAUAAAUUUAAAAAUGGAAUGACAAAUAGUACAAAUGACAGACUAUAUCGAACAUCGAUAUCGUGCUUUUCAGCUUCAAUUCCAAGACAUGAAGUAGCACAUUGGGAUUGCACUGAACUUGAAGUAUAUGCUCUCCAAUUUCAACCAUCUGGUUCAAUAUUAGCAACAGGUUGUAGUGAUAAAAUGGUUCAUUUAUGGGAAAUUACAUCAACUGGUCAACAAUAUAAAUACUGUUCUCUUCAAGGUAGUCAUGGAGCAAUUAAUGCACUUGAUUUCGAUAAUGAAGGAUGUCGUCUUUUGGUUGGAUCUUCAGGUGAUAAAGCAUAUCUUUGGUCGUAUGGAGACCAUAAAAUACUUAAGGAUACAUAUACUGGUCAUCAAGGUCUGAUAAAUACUUGUAAACUUAUUUCUGGUAGAAAGUUAGCAACUGGUAGUGGUGAUCGAACAAUUAAAAUAUGGGACUUAUACAAUCGUCAAUGUAUACGAACUUUAUUUGCUGGAUCAAAAUGUCAUGAUUUAGUAGUAACAGAUGCAGCUGGUACAAUAAUAAGCGGUCAUUUUGAUAAGAAAAUUCGUAUAUGGGAUCCAAUUUCAGACAAAUGUCUUGAUGAAUUACAAAAUGAUUCAGCUAUUACAUCACUGUCUUAUAAUGAUGAAAAAAAACAACUACUUGCCUGUUGCAAAGAUGAUACACUCAAAUUAAUUGAUUUAAGACAAAGGAAAAUAAUUUAUACAUUUAGUCAUGACAAUUUUAAAGUAAGUACUGAUACAACAAAAGCUAUCUUAUCACCCGAUGGUUGUUAUGCUUGCGUUGGUUCUCAUGAUGGUUCAAUAUUUGUAUGGAAUGUUGAAAAUAAAAUGUGUGAAAGUAUUCUACAACGAAAACAUACUACAAUGGUCACUUCAGUUGCAUGGCAACCUGAUGGCAAAUAUGUUGCAUCUUGUGAAAAACAACGUCGCGUUAUUCUUUGGAGUGAUUAA